AAAGGCAGUAGUAAUAAUCUGAUUUGCAGAAUAGAUUAUAAAUAAUGCAGACGGUCCGAGAUCUGUCUAUCUGCUUCAGAAGACAAAUUGAGAAUCAUCAUCAUUUGAGAGUAAUGGAAGAAAGCAUGUCAGGCUUUUGCAUAAGCGACGGAAGAGGAAGUGUUGCUAAUAACAAUAAUAGUGGCGGAAGUGGAACAAAGUGUGGGCGUUGGAACCCAACAACCGAACAAGUGAAGGUUCUGACAGAACUUUUCAGCUCUGGACUCAGAACUCCAAGCACCGAUCAGAUUCAGAGGAUCUCUAAUCAGCUCAGUUUCUAUGGCAAGAUUGAAAGCAAGAAUGUCUUCUAUUGGUUUCAGAAUCAUAAGGCUAGGGAGAGACAGAAAAGAAGGCGGCUUUCUUUUGAUCAUGAUCAUGGAGGUGGUGGAGUUGGAGAUAAUCAUAGCACCAUCAAUAUUAAUCAUUCUUCGACACAAACAGGUUUUGCACAGCUGUAUUCAGAAUCAGAGAAGGUGAUUGAGACUCUUCAACUAUUCCCAUUGAACUCCUUUGGUGAAUCAGAAUCAUCAGAGAAGCUGAGUAGUAGGGUGCAUGCAAAUGAUCAAUGCCGGGAUAAUAAUAAUUUGAUGUUCUCUUACACCAUGGGGGAACAAAUUGAUCACCCUCCAUUAGACCUUCGCUUAAGUUUCAUGUAAUAAAUUAAUUAAAUAUUGGGAAUCUCCUUUUUGCUGGUGAUUCAUGAUGAUGGGUGUUAGGGGGGAAAAACUGUUCUUUUAAAUAAAUUGAAAUUAUUGUAUUAUUAUUACUUGAUGUUAUAGGUUUUAGCAUAAUUUUUUCUUUUUUUUUUUUUUAAAAAAGGAAUGGGAUGGGGGUAUGAUGGCAGAUUUCAAAAAAUAUGUAUCUUAGUCUUCAAACUAUUGUUUUUAAUAUAUUUACCUAGCGAUCAGUGAUAA